AUGGAUUCCCAGCAGCGAAACAAUAAUGGAGGGCGUGACAAAGGUAAAGGAAAAGCAGUUGCAGCAGGAAACACAACAAUGAGGAACUUGGAUCUGAACCUGUCGCUGGGCUUCCUCGAGGAAGAUGAAGCUCCCAAGAGUUAUCAGGAGAUGCUUAAUGAAGCUAUUGGCUCUGACUCUAAUCAAGGCCAAACUGAUCAUCGUCGAAGCUGCUAUUCUGCUAAUAAUUACAAUCUGGGGCAGUUUAGCAACAGUGCUCCACAGGGCGGCAAUAUCAGUGGUCAGAUGAUGCCGACGAACAACAACAUGCCAACCAACAACAACAAUGUGAAUCAUGUUAUGAUGCUGAGCCAGCAACACAAUGGAGGCAGCCGCAGCCAUACCCUCCCUAAUCCAGCACCAGCACCAGCACCAGCACCUUUUCGUCUGAUCAACCAGCAACCAAACCACAACCUGCAGAACAACAACAACGCCGCCGGCUCUGCUUUCAAUUACAACACUGGCGGCAGCAGCAUAUUUUCAGGGUACAGCAAUCCCUCUGCCAACAACAACAAUGCAGGGAUUGCUUGGCUGAUGUCGAGGAUGGCUGCUCUGACGCCAACGCUGAAUCGCAACAACAACAACAACAACAACAACAACAACAACACCAUGAUGAAUUCCUUCCCUUCUCCUCCUGCGCCACAGAUGUACCAGUACCCUGGCUACAACACCGUGGUGGGAAUUCCGGUCUGCAGGCCCAAUGCUGCUGCACCUCCUCUGGCACCAACUCUGUUUGGAGCUGCAGCCAGAGGUGGCAGUACUGCUGUUGCUGCUGCUGCUGCUGUUGCUACUAGUUCUCAGGCUGCAGCUCCUGCUGCGGCGGCGAUGGGGAAGGAGAAUUUGGUGAUGCCUCGUCGGCGUGGGAAGGGGAACUACUGCCCGCCGGGGAAGAAAUGCCUGCUCUGUGGGAACGAUGACACUCCAAUGUGGCGCCGUGGCCCGAAAGGGGGCAGGACGCUGUGCAAUGCUUGUGGAAUCAAGUACAGGAAGGAGGAGGACAGGAAGAAUGGGAAGCAGAACAACAAUAAGCGGAAAUGAUUGACAAAUUCAGCAAUGGAGGAUUGGAAAAUGGCUUUUGGGCGGGAUGGUUGAGAGAUCUUUGUUUUAAUUUUCCUUGAGUCAGGGGUAUUCUGAACAUUUUGCUUUUGUUUGUUUAUCUGAGAUGAGCCCAUGGUUAAAUUAGCUUUAACAUUGGUGAUCAGAUCAUCAGACAGUCAGAUUUAAUUUGGUUUGUUUUGAGUCAUGAUCAAUCCUGUUAGGGGGUUGGGAUAACAUUUGGAUUAACAUUUGUUUGAGGUUUUUGGAAAUUGAACUGGAUUUUUCCUUUAGCAGAUUGUGCAUGCCUUUGAUCUUAAUUU